GCUCAUAAUGAGAUCAACCUUUUCCUUCUCUUUUUCUGCUACAUGCAUUUACCCCCCUUGUUCUGGAAUUAAAUUACAGUGGCUACCUACCUCUCCUCUCUCUCUCUCUCUCUCUCUCUCUUCACAACAUAAACACAAACACACUAUUGGCACCCACUCCAUUAACCGGUUAAACCCUUCCGAUUUUAUACUAAAUCAGCCCCAAAAAAGCUCCAAAACCAAUUGAUCUCCGCCUCCGCCUCCGCCUCCUACCCAACCCAACCGCGCCCGCCAUGGGAUCGCUGUCCCAGGCGCGGCGCUCCGGCGACCUGGUGACGACGCAGGUCAGCCUCGGCGGCUUCGACGCCAACGUCUCGGCGCGGGACCUCGCCGACUUCCUGGAGCUAGAGGCCGGCCAGGUCUGGCGCUGCCGCGUCAAGACCUCCUGGACACCGCCGGAGUCCUACCCGGACUUCCUCCUCCGCGCCGACGCCACGUCCCUGGCCGCGCCGCCGCACUACGACCGCGUGCCCCCGCACGCCUUUGUCCACUUCGCGCGCCCGGAGGCCGCGCGCCGCGCCGCCGACGCCGCGGGGAGGUCCGAGCUCCUCCUCGCCCGCAAGCCCCUCCGCGCCGCCUCGGCCCCGGAGAGCUCCCUCCGGGCCUCCCGCCGCCGCAGCACCGCACCAUUCCGGUUCCCCGGCUCGCGCCUCGAGGUCGGAGAGCUCCCCGCGCCCGACUCCUUCCUCGCCGCCUGGCGGGGGCCGGACUCCGGGGUCGAGUUCUCGGUCGACCCGUUCGACGGGCUCUGCAGGCUCGUCUUCACCCGCGACACCGCGUUCGCGUUCCCCGGCUACCGCGGGGUCGCCGUGGUCAUGCGCUGCGACGUCAAGCUCGAGUUCUCGGUCCGGGACAUCGCCGAAGUCCGGGUGUUCCGGAUUGACUGCUCGCUGCUGCUCCGGCUCUCGGCCGCGCCUCUCGUGUACUACCGCACGGCGGAUGAUGACAUCCACGAGUCGGUGCCGUUCGACCUGCUCGACGAUGAUGACCCGUGGAUACGAGCCACCGACAUCACCCCGAGCGGCGCAAUCGGGCGGUGCGGAGUGUAUAGGGUAACGUUCUCGCCGCGGUUCUGGCCAAAGAUGGACCGCGCUUUGGCGUACAUGAAGGAGCGGAGGGUGGCGAUCGUGGAGUGCGGUGGCGGGUGGGGAGCGAGGCGGGGCCUCACCGUGCGUGAUGAGCCAGAGUUUGGGGAACAGAUGCAGGAUCUAUUCUUCUGCGUGCAGCACGCCGAGGGGCUGAAGUUUCCGGUGUUGUUCCUUGUGAAUGCUCUGGUGCACAAGGGAAUAAUAAAUCAACACCAGCUCACGCCUGAGUUCUUUGGUUUGCUGAAGAGAAGUGAGGAUGAUGUGAAUGUGGCUGCAUUGAGGGAAUUCUGGGGAGACAAAUUUCCAGUGUUUGAUGCAUGUCGGAGGCUAAAGAAAGCGCAGGAUAUGGUCUCCAGGAACCCCAAACUUCUUUGCAGCAAGAUUGGGAAUGACAAUGCAGAGGUGCGGAGGCUGGUGAUCACGCCCACAAGGGCUUAUUGUUUGCCACCAGAAGUGGAGCGCUCUAACCGUGUUAUCCGACAUUAUCAUGAAGUGGCGGACAGGUUCUUGAGGGUAGCAUUUAUGGAUGAGGGUAUGCAGUCUCUGAACAGCAAUGUGUUGAGCUUCUCUGCAGCACCAAUCGUCAAGGACUUGAUGUCAACCUGGUUGCAGCAGAAGACAACAGUAUACAAGCGUGUCAGAAUAUUUUUGACAGAGGGUUUCCACAUGUGUGGCAGGAAGUACUCAUUUCUUGCGUUCUCAUCAAACCAACUGAGGGACAGGUCGGCUUGGUUCUUCGCAGAAGACAGUAAGACAAGAGUGGAAAGCAUUAGGAAGUGGAUGGGACGGUUCACAAAUAAGAAUGUAGCAAAGCAUGCUGCUCGAAUGGGGCAGUGCUUCUCAUCUACGUAUGCAACAGUGAUGAUGCAACCAGCUGAGGUCAAUGAGUGUCUUGAGGAUGUUGAGCAUAAUGGGUACAUUUUCUCUGAUGGAAUUGGCAAGAUUACACCUGACCUUGCAAUCGAAGUCGCUAAGAGCCUGCCACUGACUGAUAGUCCACCAUCUGCUUAUCAGAUUAGGUAUGCGGGCUUCAAGGGUGUUAUAGCUGUCUGGCAAGGAGAAAAUGAUGGGAUACGACUUUCCUUGAGGCCAAGCAUGCACAAGUUUGAAUCGAACCACUCUGUGUUAGAGGUGGUCUCGUGGACCAGGUUCCAGCCAGGAUUCUUAAACCGUCAGAUUAUAACCUUGCUGUCCUCCUUGAAUGUCCCAGAUGCUAUCUUUUCGCAAAUGCAGGAGACCAUGCUGUCUAAUCUCAACAAGAUUUUGUCAGACAGUGAUGUUGCUUUUGAGGUUGUAACAACCUCUUGUGCUGAGCAAGGAAACACAGCAGCACUGAUGCUGAGUGCUGGCUUUGUACCUGGAGCUGAACCACACCUGAAAGCAAUGCUCUUGGCUAUAAGGUCCGCACAGUGUCAGGAUCUUUUGGGGAAAACAAGGAUUUUUGUGCCGAAGGGAAGGUGGUUAAUGGGCUGCCUAGAUGAACUUGGGGUCCUUGAGCAAGGACAGUGCUUUAUUCGGGCCUCAGCUCCAUCACUCAAUAAUUGUUUUGUGAAGCACGGUUUAGAAUUUCCCUCCGCAAACAAAAAUGCAGAUGUCAUUGUUGGUAUGGUUGUAAUAGCAAAGAACCCAUGCCUUCACCCCGGGGAUGUCCGGAUCCUUGAAGCAGUUGAUGUGCAUGAACUGCAUCAUCUUGUUGAUUGCUUAGUCUUCCCCAAGAAAGGUGAGAGGCCACAUGCCAAUGAAGCAUCUGGGAGCGAUCUUGAUGGGGAUCUCUACUUUGUGACAUGGGAUGAGAAACUUAUACCUCCUGGCAAGAAGAGCUGGAACCCUAUGGACUACUCCCCAGCCGAAGCAAAACAGCUACCACGUCAAGUAUCUCAGCAUGAUAUCAUUGAUUUCUUCUUGAAGAACAUGGUAAAUGAGAAUCUUGGUGUGAUAUGCAAUGCUCAUGUUGUUCACGCUGAUCUUAGUGAAUAUGGAGCAAUGGAUGAGAAGUGCAUUCACUUGGCCGAAUUAGCAGCAACUGCUGUGGAUUUCCCCAAGACAGGCAAACUUGUGACGAUGCCACCAUCUCUCCGGCCAAAAAUAUAUCCGGAUUUCAUGGGAAAGGAAGAUUCCAUGUCCUAUAAAUCAGAAAAGAUCCUUGGAAGGCUUUACCGGUCCAUCCAAGAAGCCUCCAGUAGUGAUUUGGUGUCAGAAGAAACUUGCGCUUUGAAUGAUCUCCCAUAUGACACAGAUUUGGAAGUUCCUGGUGCAUUAGAUUUCCUGUCAAGUGCUUGGCAAUGCAAGUGCUCAUAUGAAGCGCAAUUGAAUGCACUGCUUAAUCAAUACAAGGUGCGUACUGAAGCAGAGCUUGUGACAGAGCAUAUAUGGUCGCUUCCCAAAUACAACAGCAGGAAACAGGGGGAUAUGAAGGAGAGGCUCAAGAAUGCAUACUCUGCACUCCGCAAGGAGUUCCGGAGCAUUUUUGAAAGCAUGGAGACAGACCAAACCGAGAUCCCUGAUGAUGAGAAAAAUCGUGUGUACGCGAUGAAGGCAUCUGCAUGGUACCAGGUAACCUAUCACCCGAAAUGGGUCCAGAAGUCCAGGGAAAUGCUGGAGCCAGAAGGCCAAGAAACGCCAGCAAGGCUUAGCUUUGCAUGGAUCCCGGUAGAUUACUUGGUGAGGAUAAAGAUAAGGUGCCGUGGAGAAGUGAAAGUCGACGGCAGAAGGCCUGUUGAGAGGCUAGCAGCCUACAUUUCUGAGAUGUGAGGACCGCAAAGAAAUCCGCUUGAAGCUGCCUGCAAGAAUGAAGCAAGACCACUCUGCCAUUCACCGUGUUUUUUUUAAGCAUGCCUACCAUCGCGAACAAUUUGUUAUCUGGGUUAUCUACCGAACUUGUUCAAACUGUUUAACCCUCGUAGUCUCAUCGUCCCAGGAAUGUUUGUACAUAUCAAUAUUAGUCCUAUCCGUAGCCCAGAAACGUAAGCUGUAAUGGAUGAAUGUGUUGUUCAUAAAUUCAAUGCUGUUUGCCAGCGCAAAACCGGAAUCUAGCUGGUUCCAGUUUUUUCCUGGAGACUGGCAAGUUAUGGGACACCGAUACUAAUUUGGUUUAAUUUGUGAUUUUUGAA